UAUACUUCGGGAAAAGGUCAAUGAGGAAAUGUACAUAGAGAAGUUAUUUGAUCAAUGGUAUAGCAGCUCCAUGAAAGUCAUAUGCAUGUGGCUGGCUGAUAGAUUAGACCUUCAGCUUCACAUCUACCAGUUGAAGACUCUCAUCAAGAUAGUGAAGAAAACCUACCGAGACUUCAGAUUGCAAGGCGUGCUGGAGGGAACGCUGAACAGUAAAACCUACGAUACCGUUCACAGCCGUCUGACCGUAGAGGAGGCCACAGUCUCGGUCACGGAUGCAGGAGGACUUCAGGGCAUUACUAUGAAAGACAGUGAUGAAGAGGAAGGAUGAUAUUAUUUCACCAAGUGUUUCGUGUUCUAGGGCGAUGGCCUGAGGGUGGGGGUUAUCUUUGGCUUGGGGUUUUUUUGGUAACUUGUCCUUGUAGUUGCAUUUAUAGUUUUGCCUUAUGAUAUAGGUGCAGAAAUGUAAUUUGGUCCGUUUUUUUAAAAACUGAAAGUAAGAUUAUCAGAGGAAAAGUGCCAAGGACUUUUUGAGAACAAUGGUUGUAGCAUAUUUUAAUGUAUAGCUUUGCUUAGGGCUGCAAGAACACUGGCAUGGAGUUCAAGUUCCACUUGUGAUUACAUUUCUUUCCCUUUUGUUUGUUACCAUUCGUUCUUGUAUCUCCAUCAGAUAUCGAUGUCCUGUGCUGAAAACAAAAUGUGUGCCUCUCUUAAAACACAGCUAUACAGGAAAUCAUUCUUGAAGUAAGUCAGUGCCCUAGGUAAAAAUAUAGUGUAUUUUCAGGAUUACAGUUUGUUCACUUUUUUUUUGUGCUUAAUUUUACAUUAUUAUGUGAUGUGUAUUGAAAAUUUUAAUCUUGGUUCUUUGUAUUUUGAGGCUGGUAUAUAAGUAGUAGGACUUCAAGGACAGCCAAACACAUACAAACUACUUAGGAGUGUUGUUGUGUCUAUUCAUUUUGCAAGUUUAAAGAUAUCUCAUCAUGUUGGGUGUCAGUAAGCUUGCCAUCAAUGUUUCUAUUUCUGUGAAAAAUUUCAGGCAAUAAGAACACAUUUUGUUGUGACCACCUCUGUAUCUGCCCAAGUUUGUAUAGAAUUCUACAAUUAAAAGAUGUUUUCAAUAUUUCAAAC